AUGUCAGGAUCCUAUUUGUCUAACCCACCAUCGGAUGGACCUGUUGCUUCAAAGAUUUCACUCGCUGUUUUUGAUGAUUUGGGAUAUUAUAAUGUGAAUUAUACAUCAAUUGAAAGAUUGGAAUCAAAAUUGGAUAGUACAUAUCGUAUCACCAAUGAUAGAUAUAAUUGGGGUUUAUCUCAAUCAUGUUCCAUUGUAACGAAAAGAUGUGAAAAUUGGGAUUCAUCUCUGAUUGGAUAUUUUUGUACUUCUGAUACUGAUUCACAGGGUAACACCAAUCCAAUGUGUACCUACGACCAUUCCUCUAAGGGAACAUGUGACAUUGCAACAUAUUCUUCUGCACUGUCUGGAUAUUAUCAACACAUCUCUGGAAAGAGUACUUUAGGUGGACGAUACGAAUACAGAGACUAUUGCCCCUUGGUAAUCAAAGUUGGUUCUGGUGAAUGCUACAAACCAGCAAAC